AUGUCCCACCUCUUCGACCUCCCCAAUGAGCUCCUUCUCCUGAUCUCCACGCACCUCCCCCCGCGCAGCUUCAGCGCCCUCCUCCGCACAAACCAGCAACUACAUGCCCUCCUCGCCCCAACCCUCUCGCAAUUCAUCCUCCACGGGAUCUGCAACGUCCACCUAGAACCCGAAGGUGCCUCCGAGCCCUACCAUAAGCUCUACUGGGCCUCCCUCCGCGGGCACCCCAAGCCGCUGCAGAUGCUUCUUGAGACGGGCCGUAUCAACGUCAACGCGCGCACGCACCGCUACUCGGUCCUCGGAUUUCAGCAGCGGGCGCAGCAGCACACGGUGACGGCGCUACACCUGGCGGCGGUGGGCGGGUGCGUGGAGGUAGCCAGGCUGCUGCUGGACUAUGGUGCGGAGGUUGAUGCGCGGGAAACGCGGGGGGGUUUGACGGCGCUGCUACUAGCGGCGAAAAACGGGAACGAGAGGGUGGCGGAGGUGCUUGUGCGGCGCGGCGCAGAUAUAAAUGCGAAGACGGAUCAUGAUCAUAGAGGGGUUUUGGAUUCGGCGAUUUUAGGUGGCAGGUGGGAGCUGGCCCAGAUGCUGGUGAGAAGGGGGGCAAAGUCGGCGUAUAUGGGGGUUUAUAGGCAGCAUAUGGAGGGAGUGCAGAGGGAGAGGGGAGCGCUAUAUAAUGUUGGGAAGGAGCUGACGGUGGCGUUGGGGUUUUUGGGGUUCUUAGUAGGGGUAGGAAGAGGUUAG